CUGUGUUAGAAAAAAAAAAAAUCCUCUGAGCGAAGAGGCUACAAAAAUCAAUGCAGCACUGAUAACACGCCUAAUCCAUUUAGUUACUUUAGUUGAAAACAUCUGAGGAUUGACAGUAGCUAGAGAGAAGUGUCAUUUGAAAUUAAUGUUUUUUUUCCACAAAUUGUCUUGCAUAGUUCACAUAUGCAGCGCCAACAGUAAACAACUUUUUUUUUAAUGCAGAUCUCUUAUCUCUGUCCCCAACUAGUAUUUGUCAUGUCUAACCACUCCCGCUGUCACAUUAGAGAUUGUCAGGAUUCCAUGGAAUGUUUCGGAAUGAAAGCCCUGAAGCCAGUUUUUCGUCUUAUUUGAUUUUAAACUUGUUUUUCCUCUUAUCUACAGUACUUCUGUUCCGUGUGGAUAGGCUACUUCUGUGCAAUACUAGUUGGUUUUCUGAGCUCUGUGAACUGUUCUUUAUCAAUGAAUAGGCUGUAAGGUUGAGUGCUCCAGUAUAUCAAGGCUGCAAUGAGACGCACGUCAUCAACCGCCUGAUUUUCCACACGUUUCCAUUUGACUAGACAAGAAAAAUGGAGGAAUUAGGUACAGUCCCGGUAGACCUGAGUCCAGAGGAGCGCUCUGAGCUGGAGGACAUCCGUCGGAGGAAGGGAGCUCUGCUGCAGGAGAUCCAGAGGCUCAGAGACGAGCUCAGAGAGGCCAUCAUAGAGGUGGAAGGACUGGAGACCAGCACAGAGGGCAGUAAAACUUUACAGAAGAACAGGCAUGUGGCCAUGGGAAGGAAGAAGUUUAACAUGGACCCCAAAAAGGGUAUUGUGUUCCUGGUGGAGAAUGAGUUGCUCAGACACACUCAAGAGGAUGUUGCCCAGUUCCUGUACAAAGGAGAGGGACUCAACAAGACUGCUAUAGGAGACUACCUGGGAGAGAGGGAGGACUUUAAUCUCAAGGUCCUGCAGGCGUUUGUUGACCUUCAUGAGUUCACUGAUCUCAACCUGGUCCAGGCUCUCAGGCAGUUCCUGUGGAGUUUCCGUCUGCCUGGCGAGGCUCAAAAGAUUGACAGGAUGAUGGAGGCCUUUGCCCAGAGAUACUGUCACUGCAACCCUGGGGUCUUCCAGAGCACUGAUACGUGCUAUGUGCUGUCAUUUGCUAUCAUCAUGCUGAACACCAGCCUCCACAACCCCAACGUGAGAGACAAGCCUGGAUUGGACCGCUUCAUCUCCAUGAACAGAGGCAUCAAUGAGGGUGGAGACCUGCCAGAGGACCUGCUCAGAAAUCUUUAUGACAGCAUCAAGAACGAGCCCUUCAAGAUCCCUGAGGAUGAUGGGAACGACCUGACACACACCUUCUUCAACCCUGACAGAGAGGGCUGGCUCCUCAAACUAGGAGGAGGACGGGUGAAGACCUGGAAAAGAAGAUGGUUCAUUCUCACAGACAACUGCCUUUACUACUUUGAGUAUACUACAGAUAAGGAGCCCAGAGGUAUCAUUCCCCUAGAGAACCUGAGUAUCCGGGAGGUUGAAGACCCCAGGAAACCUAACUGCUUUGAGCUGUACAUCCCCAACAACCGUGGUCAGCUGAUCAAGGCCUGUAAGACGGAGGCAGACGGCAGAGUGGUGGAGGGGAACCACAACGUGUACCGCAUCUCUGCCCCCACACCUGAGGAGAAAGACGAAUGGAUCCACCACAUCAACUCUGCGGUCAGCGUGGACCCCUUCUAUGAGAUGCUGGCUGCCAGGAAGAAACGCAUAUCGUUAAAGAAGAAUGAGGAACAACCGUAGAACAUUCCCUUCUUCCUCUUUCCUCUUCAUCCCCUCCUCCACCUCUUCAUCUCUCAUUCAAACAUGGGACACAAGCCUUUCUUUCCUCCCUAGAUUCAUUCCAUUCCUCACUUUUUUCCCUCUUUCUUUGUGAGGAGGAUUUGUUGCUAUCCUGUUUAAGAGACUGGCCAGCACAAACAGGCAGUUCAGAAGUGAACUGUGAAAUAAAUAUGUAUUUUAUUCAGGGUAGCAAGCAGGGCCACUGAACCUUCCAUCACAAACAGGCUGCAACUCAUCAGUCUGAAGUGACUUCCUCUCCAUCUGUAACUGAUCUAACAUUGGGGCAACGGUCCAGUUCUAACCGGUCACUGUGUGAAGGACAGAAUGCCCGGCGGCUGAGGAAGCCACUUUAACCUGUUAAGAUGCAGCCCUAGUUGUCUGCUGUGCUUUACUCUAACAUCUUGGCUCCAGGUUAGCAUGUCUAUAUCAGCAUUAUCAAAGUGCCACUUUAAUACUGUAGCCUCUGUGAAGGAGAUGACACUGGUCCUUACUGCUUAGACCAUAAAAAUGUCAUUCUCAUGUUAAAUUUGUUACGAUCAACCAUCUACGGGAAAUGUUCCCAGAAAAACUGACCAAUACGGCAACAAUUGAGCAGUGAACACUAAAGACGACGACUCUUGUCAAUGACCACUGGCGUUUCCUUCACAAGACUGUUAAUAAACUCCCUCAUACAGACACGUAAACUGUUAAAACCCACUGUAGCGUAUUAUAGAAUUGGGUUUAAGAAGUUACAACGGCAGCUUAUUACAACGUAUACUUCAUUUUUUUGUAAGUACUUGUUAGAAUAUUGUUUACAACACAGAUUUAAUUUAUUGUUUAUUUUUGUUUGUUACAUCUUUUGUUUUGUAAGAGCUACUGUAGAACUGCAUGUGGAGAUGAGUGUUAUCCUUCAUACACACAGAUGGACCAGACUUGUGUUAGUGUUGGGUACAUUUGAGAAAGAUUGUUAGUGUUCCUUGUUGACACAAUAGAAUCAACCUCCAAUUGGAACAUUUAGAAUAUUCAGGACAGGAGAGUGAUGACAUCACAAAACAUUUUGGAUAGAAAUGUAUAGUAUAGAAAAGGCAUGGUUCUGUGUGGUAUGGAACAGGUAAUCCUGUCAGUUCUAUACAUUCCAUUUCUAUCUGUACUGUUGAUAAUGUUGCACUGUCCUGAAGGAACCUCUAUUACCCUCUAAGAGCCUGAAUGAAUGAGGCUCACUGAAGCACAAACAGGUGUCCCAGAUGCCUGUAAUGGCUUUCUUUCAGCCAUAACCAUCAUGGAUAUGUGAAAGGGCUGGUUAGGUGUCCUUCAUAAUACUGAUGCCCAUCCAAUCCUGUCAGAUCUGUGACCUAAAAGGAAAGCAAGCUAUGGGGGGUUAUUGGGACAUCACCCUAUGAUAAGUCUGAAACGACCUGUCUAAUAUGAGAACUGAAAUCUGAAAUGAUGGUGCUGAAGUUGAAUCAUCAGUCAAGCCAGGAAAAGGCAUCAGAUUCCUCUUAAUGUGAUUGAAUUGAAAAGGACAACAAACAUGGAGCACUAAUAUAUCUUUCAAUAUUAUGUAAUCGCUGAAAUAUUCAAAUGUAUUGAAUGAAUAACAAUGUUAAGGAUACAUGUCUAAUGAUACAUUAUGCCUGAAUUGACUCGUAGAUAAUUUCAUUUGUCAUUGGAUUAACAUUUCAUUAGACUGAAUAUGGAAAAUGCAGGAUUAGGAUUGUCUGCUGCACUUUAUCAAUAUUUAAGCAUUAUACAGGCUUUAAAGAGCUGUACCUUUUAGAUUGGCAAUACUAACUGCAUCUGUAGUAGCCUCCAGUGGUGGCCAGGCUCUCCUGCAUCAUCCUCACUGGUUGUGAUGAAGGCUUCACAAGUCCAUAUUUUGAUCACUUCCAGCUCUGACAACUAGAGAAGUUUUACUCUCAAUGUUGUUUACAUAGGGAAGUCUAGGUACAAAAAAAAUGAUCUCUUAGUCUUCUCUAGUUAUUCUCUGAGUGUGUGGUGUGACAGACACACAGCAGUGAGCCAACCUACAGGCAGGCCUGCUGUACACUACACGACACUGAAACACAGUAGACCUGUCUGGGUAUUCUUGAAGUGCAAAGUUGCCAAAAUGGAGUUGGGACGUCACGCUGUUCCAACUCAACAAAGAGACAGACUUUUGUGAGAAAGGACACUAAUGAAUAUUUCUGUCCCCCAGACCCCAACACUACUACUUCUGUCCCCCAGACCCCAACACUACUACUUCUGUCCCCCAGACCCCACCACCACUACUUCCUGGGAUAGUGUUUGAUUUAUUAUUUAUUUUUGUUUUACAGCAAUGUAGAGAUGGAUAGGUCAUCUGUGCUAUAUGUAGCAAAAACAAAACCACGGUACACGGGUGCCAGUCAACUGUUGUGAAACAAUAAGAAGUGAACUGAGACAAUA